CCCCCACCUCCAGUGUCGGCGGCGCUCGCCUGCUGCUGACUACACAAUCCAACAUGGAGUAAUGAGAGAUGGGGCUCCUCACCGAGACCAGCGCGCAGACUUCAGCCACGGCGAGGCAAAAACCAUCGAUCGGGAUGAUGCACGGAGGCAGAAUGACAGGCUUUUUGACCAGAUGCAAUGCACCCGUUAAAGGAUAAAGUGCGGUGCGCGGAGAAGGGACGAAAAUAAGCAACGCCGAAACGGAUUUGGGGGAAAACUCGUUGCGCUGGACUUUUUAAAAAAAGAGGCGAGGAGGAGAACUAAGACGACAUGAAGCCCGAACGAUGCGUACCCGCGGAGGGAUAUUAUUAUUAUUGUAGGUGAAACGAGGUGGAAAAUGACUGAGGAAUCGCAACCAGACGAUGAAAGUUAUAUAGUGCGAGUGAAAGCGGUGGUGAUGACGAGAGAUGAAUCUAGUGGGGGUUGGCUGGCUCAGGAGGGUGGAGGUCUCAGUCGUGUGGGCGUUUGUAAGGUGGUCCCGAUUGACCUGGAGCUCCUGGGACGGAACGGCUUUCUCAUCUAUGGCGAGAGACUCAAAGACAAGCAGGCAAUCCUGCAGUGCUCUCUGAAGAAGGACCUGGUCUACACUAAAGCCACGCCCACCUUCCACCACUGGAGGGUGGACAACAGGAAGUGCGGGCUGUCGUUCCAGAGCCCCGCUGACGCCAGGGCGUUCGACCGUGGUGUGAGGAAGGCCAUCGAGGACCUCACGGAGGGAUCUACUACAUCCUCCUCCACACUGCAGAAUGAGGCUGAACUGGGUGAUGAUGAUGUGUUCACGAACGCCACAGACAGCUCAUCCAACUCUUCUCAGAAGAAAGAGACAUCCAUGCACACACUCGCACCAAUCAGCUUCUCUGAGCCGCACCAUUGCAUCCUGGGACAUCUCUACGACCAGCACAGGCACUCUGACCGUUACUACCUGGACCAGCCGGUGCCCAUAUUCCCUUGUUCACGUCACGUCAGGUUUCACGAGGAGGAGGAAGAGAUCGUUCGGAUCAACCCCCGCGAACGUUCUUGGCUAACAGGCUACGAGGACUACCGCCACGCCACCACUGCGACACGCGACAAACCUCUGCGGCCGGACGGCACGGACGCUUACGUACUCCUCACGAAGAGCGAACCACCCAAACACGACUACACUUACUCUUACCCACUCAGUGGGGACGGACACGCGACCCGCGGGAGCAAAACGGGCAUCGGCGGCGGCGUGGUCACUGGGCAGCCGCGGGCACUGACGGCGAAAUGGCUGCCACGACGUGUGGAUGACGGAAGGGAGCGCUUGCGGUGUGUCUACUGCCAAAACAUGUUCAGCCCGGCGGAAAACGGGCGAGGACGCUGCCAAGAAGCUCCGGACCCCGUGCAGACGUGCAUUCGGCGGGUGAGCUUCAUGUGGUGUGCAGACAGCCUCCUCUACCACUGCAUGUCGGACCCUGAGGGCGACUAUUCGGACCCGUGCUCGUGCGAUGCCAGCGAAGAGCGCUUCUGUCUGCGCUGGCUGGCACUUCUGGGACUGUCGCUCCUAGCGCCCUGCAUGUGCUGCUACGUGCCGCUUCAAGCGUGCUACCGCUGUGGCGUCGCAUGCCACUGUUGCGGCGGGAAGCACAAGGCCGCUGGGUAAGCGGCGAAUAAACUCCUGCAUUUGUUGAUUUUCCUUCCCGCUGUGUUUCAGAGGGUCGGUCCAUUUACGUUUUUUUGUCUCAUGUUAAUUGAUCUGGACAGAGGUCCAGGUUUUCAUUUUUAUUUGUAUUUUUAUUUGAGUAACCCUCAGCUUCCAUUUAAAAGACUACACGAUAAAUAUUCGUUUAUAUAUGAAAAGUAUAUAUAAAUAUAUGUAGAUAUAAAUAUAUAAAUCCAGGUACUUUAUAUUUUUUAUGCUCUGCUUUGAAGGUUUGAGUUGUGUUCCCCGCGUCUGUCUGUUUGGUUUUUAAUGGUUUUAAAUUUUUUCGUCACUGUUCGUCGCUGUGUCUCUUCAGUCAGAGGCAUCUGUUCUAACUGUGAUAUACGUCCACUAGACUAGACAAAACCAGAGGAGUCCAAAAUAGCUGACCUGUAGGAUGGAAGAUCACGUGCGUGUUUGUGAGAGGUGUGAUGUGAUCUUUUUGUCAAUUUGUGAAUUUUAAUUUGCUGUAUGAAAGAUGGUGAACACAUUGCUGCACAAAUGUGUGUGUGUGUCUCACAGGAACACGUUACAUUUCACUCCAGCAGUCAAUAGAAAAAAUAUUAUUUUGUUAAAAGAAAUCAAGCAUAUUUAAGAACAUUAAUAUUUGCUUUGCUGUAUUUUAUUAGGGCUGUCAAACGAUUCAUCGCAUCCAGAAUGAAAGUUUGUGUCUGUGUACUGUGCAUAUUCAUUUUGUAUUUAUUAACACAUAAACACACACAUACAUGUUUAUUUGUUUAGAAAAUAUUUAGAUGCGUUUAUUUAUAUAUACCGAUUAAAAUUUAAUAUAAACAAUAUUAUUCAAUUAUUCACUUGUAAUAUUUUUCUUAAAUAUAUGCAUGUAUGUGUUUAUAAAUACAAUAUUAAUAUGCACAGUACACAGACAUACAGUAUAUUAUGUAAACACAAACUUUCAUUCUAGACGCGAUUAAUCGUUUUACAGCCCUAAUUUUAUGGAAUAAUUUAAUCAAAACCUUUCAAAUUAUUACAAUAACGCAAUUCCCCUUAAUCUCAGUGGAAAUUCUCUUUACUGUAAUACAGUAUUUUGUGUCUAUAAUCAGAGUAAUAUAAAGAUGCAACCAUGAUAUAUAAUGUUUUUCACAUUGUGAGAUUUUGCAUUAUGGUCAAAAGAAUUGGGGUAAAUGUGCUUCAAUGUCAAAAAAUUGUAACGCUCCUAAAAGGUUAGAUUUUUUAAGAUAAUAUAUAUAUAUAUAUUUGCUUUUAAUUUUGGAGUGAAAUGUGACAUGUUGUGAGAUUCACCUGUAUGUGUUAUUCAGAAUGUAUGUGUCCGUUAUCAAUGUUUAAAAACGAAAACCAGCCUCAAAAUUGAUGUACCCUUCCUACAGGAUGAAAACAAGAUGUCUUUUCUCUGCCUUUGUCUUAAGCACAACACAAACUAGUAAAACAAACAAACACAAAAAACAUCUGAACACUGUGCAAGUUGUUGUGAAGUUCUCAAAACGUUUUAUCCUUCAAACAUCAUCCAGCCAAUCAGUGGACUGUGACAGCGUUGUCAUGCCGACUGUGAUCUUGUUUGUCAUCUGAUGUUUUAUGUUCGGUUUCUCUCUCUAUUUCUUGUCUCUAUUCUCUCUCUCUCCCUCAGCUUCUGCAGUAGUACUAUCUAAAGUGUGAGAAAAGAGGAGCAGGAGAAUGAGUUAUCUGUGUGUACGGUGCUCCUCAACACAUUCUGAGAUUAAAGGAAAGUGCCUGAAUCGGAUAAUGCGGUUUUACCUCUUCUGUUCAUCUCGGAUGCGCUGCUGUUUCUGGCAUUUCAUGCUCUUAUUUUGACAUUGUUAAACUGGCAUCUGGGGUGUGAGUGUUUAUUUACAGAGCACAUGUUUUCUAAACCAGAUGUUUGUAUUAUUGUUAAAUUGGGCAGUAUAGGACAGACUGUGGAUGUCCAGAAAAUUUAACAGUCGUUUGGAUUCUGUAGAACGUAAAGUAUGGGCUCUGAAUGUAAAAAUCUCAUUCACUUUCUCUAUAGACAAUUCAAAUAUAUACACAUUUAGGCUACCGUGAGCUUUGAGGCUCUUAAAUCUAUGUAUCUGCUUUUGUAAAUCGACAGAUUUGUGUAAUUUUAACAUUUAAAAAUGAAACAUUUUUUAAAUUGUUUAACAGCCAACCAGAAAUAUCACUGUUAGCGUACAAACUGAAAUGGGUAACAAUCUCAAACUUUAUAUAUUAUGUAUAAUAUUUGUAUAUAUUGGAAUACAUUGUAUUAAAAUUUCUAAAUGUCAUUUUUAUACUUGUCAUAAAUUACUUUAAAUUCCAAAUGUAUAUUUUAUCUAUAACAUCUUUUGUAUUCUAGUGUUAUAUUUUCAAUUACAUGACUUGUAAUAAUUCUUGGGAUGAGAUGUUUAUUCAUUCAUAAAAGACCUUAUAUUUAAUUUUCAAAUACUUUUUUGCUUUGAAUCAAAGUGUGUAAUAAAUCCUUUCAAAGCAAGUUGAUUUAAUUCAUGGAUUGGAAAUCUCUAUAGAGAAAAUGAAUGGGAAAGACAUUUGUGGUAAAUGUUGUGCUGAAUAUUAAAAGGAUAGUUCACCUAAAAAUAAAUAUUCUGUCAUCAUUUCAAACCUGUAUGAAUCUUUCUUCUGCAAAACACAGAAGAAGAUAUUUUGAAGAAUGUUGUUAACUGGUCCCCAUGCACUUGCAUCGGUUUUGAGUCCAUACAAUAGAAGUGAAUGGGUGCCAGUGCUGUACGGCUAUCAACUUUCUUCAAAAUAUCUUUUUUUGUGUUCUGUGCAAGAAAGAAAGUCAUACAGGUUUGAAAUGUAAAGAGGGUGAGUAAAUGAUGACAGAAUUUUCAUUUUUGGGUGAACUAUCAUUUUAACAUCUAUUACCCACCAGUACAUAAAAAGUCUUGAUAUAAGUUAGUGUGAACAGGUUUAGCUCAUCUUGUGAGCACCAUGAGUCUAAAAAUGUCCACAUAAAUAUACUAAAAUAAAUUAUA